AAUGCGUACCGGGCCCGGGAGGCGGGACGGAGGGGGCCUUGUGACGCUCCGGUCCGUGUGAAAACUGGGGUUCCGAGUGCAAAGCAAAGUUUUUUUGUAAACCGUCUGCAAAGGCGGGGGGUGGAGGGGAGGAGGCGAAGAAGGCGCCCUAGAUCGGGCCGGGUGCAGCUGCUCGGGUAGCCUCCUUUAUAGCGCCUCUGCCGUGGGCACCCGGGUCCAGACGCCGCCGCCGCGAAGGACAGCCGCAGGAGGAGGGCCCGCAGAUGCUCCGAGCCUCCUUGGCGCGCCGCCGCCGCCGUCGCCGCCCGCCGCCGCGCCCGCCCCGGCUCCCGGAGCCCCAGCGCCCGGCGUAGCCGCCCGCGCCCGGCCGCGGCGUGCGGGGUCCCCGGGGCUGAGUCGGGCCUCGGUGGCCUGAGCUCGCACCACCGUCCUCGCCCCGCGCCCCCGCCGCCGCCGCCGCCAUGGGGUGCUGGGGCCGCAACCGCGGGCGGCUGCUGUGCAUGCUGCUGCUGACCUUCCUGUUCAUGGUGCUGGAGGUGGUGGUGAGCCGCGUGACCGCGUCGCUAGCCAUGCUCUCUGACUCGUUCCACAUGCUGUCGGACGUGCUGGCGCUCGUCGUGGCGCUGGUGGCCGAACGCUUCGCCCGGCGGACCCACGCCACGCAGAAGAACACGUUCGGCUGGAUCCGCGCUGAGGUGAUGGGCGCGCUGGUGAACGCCAUCUUCCUGACCGGCCUGUGCUUCGCCAUCCUGCUCGAGGCCGUCGAGCGCUUCGUGGAGCCGCACGAGAUGCAGCAGCCGCUCGUGGUACUCGGCGUCGGCGUGGCCGGGCUGCUGGUGAACCUGCUGGGGCUGUGCCUCUUCCACCAUCACAGCGGCCUGGGCCGCGACGCCCACGGCCACGGUCACGGCCACGCGCAUGGGGGUCACGGCCACACCAAGGGGGUCCGCGCCAGGAGUGCGCUCCUCAGCCCCAGCGCCGGCCCCGCCAGCGCGGCCCCGGGCGAGCCGGGCCCGGAGCCGGAGCAGGAGGAGACGAACACCCUGGUGGCCAACAGCAGCAACUCCAACGGGCUGAAGCUGGACGCGGCAGAUCCAGGAAAACCCAGGAGUGAGGAUGUGGAAGUACAGCUGAACGGGAACCUGAUCCGAGAGCCUGAGAACCUGGACGCCGAGGAAGAAGACACAGCCGGGCAGCUGAACAUGCGAGGCGUGUUCCUGCACGUGCUGGGCGACGCCAUGGGGUCUGUGAUUGUCGUAGUAAAUGCCAUUCUUUUUUACCUUUACUGGAAAGGUUGUCCUGAAGGGGAUUUCUGUGUGAACCCAUGUUUCUCUGACCCCUGCAAAACGUUUGUAGAACUGAUUAACAACACACAGGCAUCCGUUUCUGAGGCCGGGCCUUGCUGGGUGCUGUAUUUAGACCCCAGUCUUUGUGUUGUCAUGGUUUGUAUACUUUUAUAUACAACUUACCCAUUGCUUAAGGAAUCUGCUCUUAUUCUUCUACAAACUGUUCCCAAACAAAUUGAUAUCAGAAAUUUGAUAAAAGAACUUCGGGAUGUUGAAGGAGUUGAGGAAGUCCAUGAGUUGCAUGUUUGGCAGCUGGCUGGAAGCAGAAUCAUUGCCACUGCUCACAUAAAAUGUGAAGACCCAGCAUCCUACAUGCAGGUGGCUAAGACCAUUAAGAACGUUUUCCAUAAUCACGGAAUUCACGCCACCACCAUUCAGCCCGAAUUCGCUAGUGUAGGCUCAAAGGCGAGCAUGGUCCCAUGUGAACUGGCCUGCAGAACUCAGUGCGCACUGAAGCAGUGUUGUGGAACGCGGCCGCCAGCCCAUGCUGGCAAGGACCCAGAGAAGGUCCCAUCAGUUAGCAUCUCUUGUUUAGAACUUAGUGACAAUCUAGAGAAGAAGCCCAAAAGGACUAAAGGUGAAAGCAGCCCCGCGGUGGCGGGAGAGGCUAAAAAAGUGCCAAACAAACCCGAAUCAUCUUUGUGAGUCUUGAAAAAGAGGUGAAAAAUUUGACUUUUGCUUUAAACUGCAAGAGGAAACAGACUCCACUGAAAUACUAAGUUUGCCAAGCAGUGUCACUGAAGUCCUUGUCUGGUCACAGUUAAUUCUAUUUUUGUAAAAACACGAUGGGACUGCAUAACAGAGUUCUAUAUUACAACUUCGGGAUUAUUAGUGCACAGUACAGCCACGCUGUAACAAUUUUUGAAAGCCAGUUUGAACAUUAUGUUACAUUUUUGUUAAAAGUAUAAACCUUAUAUAACAAUGAUAUUUGAUUUCCAGUUUUCGCAUGACAAAAAUUAGGGGGAUGAAUAAAAUUAUUACUGGAAUUUCUAUGGUUUUCUUUCCCCCAUUGUUGUAUUUUGUUAGAAUUACAAUUGCUAAACCUUUAAAAUCAACAAAUUUGUUUCCUUUGACGUUUUAAGAAAUGUUUUCUUGCCCUUUGAUAUCAUUACAUGGUAUAAUGGCACCAUAUUUUAAGAGUGACUCAUGAGUAUUAGAAGGAAAUAAGAUCAGAUGCUGUUCUGCUUUCUGUGCUGCCGGAGGGAUAAGCAGUGAGAUAAUUUACACCAAAUUCUAGUUCACACACAGUAGGAUGUGAAGGGGAUAAGAGAGGAAAGAAGGCUUACCAUUAAGUGUUGAGAUUAGGACCUACUAGCAUUCAGACCACAUCUCUACAUCUUGUUUUACCAAAGUUCAUCAGAAGCUUAGAUCUGCUCACCAGCAUUAUUUUCUUCCAGAGAUUGGUCUCAGAAACACUGGAUCAAAGGUGUACUCAUACAAUACAAUUCAAGCUAUUAACCUUUCAAAUUGCAUUAUUAGAAAAGAAAACCACCUUAGUUGUUUUGUGUGGUAACAAUGGAUUCAAACUGCUUUGUGUACAACCAGCAGUGCUUGCCCAUUGCCAAGAGCCACUGACUUGAGAGAAUAAAAUCAGAUGCUUAAUCAAUUUGCAUAUUAAAUUCUUAGCAAACUGAUUUGCAAAGAUGAAGAUUCUAGAGUUCACCAUGUCCUGACAUCACUUAGGUUCCUCCAGGGGCUAAUCUUGUAAGGUGUCAGAAUAUCCACCAAAACAUUGUUCUUGGCUAUUUCAUUAUUGCUGUAGAUUCCAGAUCCAACAUAAAUAUUUAAGGGUGUUAUAUUUUUCUUGAGAAGAGUUACGCUUUGUAAAGAAAAUGUAGAUUUUGUCCUCAAAAGAGUGAAUACUAAUAUCAGUUAUGUAUAGCUCUAUUUUUCUAGAAGCAAGGUAUUCUACUUCCGUAACUUUUAUAGCUGACGACUUUUGGGAUGGCUUCCUUUUUGGGAUUUGAAAUAAUUCAUUGCUUAAUAGGUCUUAAGAUAAAGAAGUAUUGAGAUAUGACAGUAAUUUUUAAAAGGGAUGAUCUUUUUGUGGUAGAGUGGUAUGUUUUUCCCUAAUCUAAGCCUAUUGCUGGCAAUGGGCCUAUUUAAGAACAGCCGAUUUUUUUUUUCCCCGAUGGCAAUGAGGUAAUCUAAGAACUAUACUUUGUAAAUUCACAUUUACAAUAAUGGGCCAAAACCAUAACCUGCCAGUUUGCAGUACAUCUGAAUUUUUUAGUGCUUAUAUCUGAUACUGUGUAAUUCAUUUCUUUAACUGGUAGUCACUUUGAAUUUUGCAAAAAAGGUUGGGUUUGUUUCUGUUUUUUUUUUUUUUAAACACGAAAUUGAGGAAUGUACCUGGGUGCAGGAGAGAAGGCAGCAGGGUGUCCUGCGAGGUGUCCUGCGAGGCUCCGCACUUCACAGAAUGCUCGCGUAGGUCUUGGAACAGUUCGCUCCAUAAACACCUGAGCAGGGGCGCAGCAGGCGGACUGGUGAGGUGUGCUGCACCCGUGGGUUUCUUCAGAAACACUCUCCGGUCUGUCUGAAAGGUACCGUGCCACCGAGGCGUGAAGACGUACUCGGGUGAGGCCCUUUCAGAAUGGUAAGCAUGGGAUUUUUCAAAAGUGCUUUGAAGGGUUAGCAGUUAGGUGUAGUUACUUCACUUUUCCUAGUUUCUAAGUAGCCAUAUGUAACAAAGUGGAACCAUAGAAUUUUCUUUUCUUCUGAAAGACUUUGUCAUAGCAAAAUCAGUGGGCACUGACUCACCUUUUGAGUUUUAGCAAUUAUUUAUUUCUUUACAAUGCACUUUCUAACCCACUUCUAGCUAUAUAUUAGCAUUAUCCUUAAGAAAGACAUGUUUUUAUAUUUAAAUGUUGUGAGAUUUGAGUGACUUUUCCAAAACAGCUUAUUCCUGAAAGAAUAUGAGGGAAAUACCCCGGAUCGUCAGGGGACUUAAACCCAUUAUUUAAAUACGCCGUUCCACGUGCUGCAUCAGUUUUAGGGUUGCAUCCUCCUGCCGGCUCUUACAUGUGAGCAACGUCAGCGUAGGACAUGUUGAGAAAUUUGUGUCCGUUGUCUGCAUUAAGUGGGGAGGAGGUGCUGUGUGUGACCGAAUUAAAACCACCCAGGACAAGUUUCAGGUCCAGUGCAGCCUUACUGAGGAGAAGCUUCAUUCUCAGUACGGUCAGCUUUUUGCUGUGCAAUCAUUUUUUUUUCUUGGAGAUUAUUAUUAUAUUGCAAAAAAUACAGGCUAGACCUUGAUAAAAUCCUCAUUUUGCUGAAACUAAAAUGCUGAGUAACUUUCUCUUAAGGUGUGUAAUUUGUAUAGGGAAAAUUUCAAAAUGCACCUUGAAAAAAAUCACAAUCCGUAGAAGACUGUUAACAUGUUUGUGUCGUGUUGAUGUCCUGAGUUCAUUUUGAAUUUUGGAACGUCCUGAGGGAAAAGACCUAUGGAACCUAAUGUGAAGUAUUUAAUAGGCUAACUGGUAAUGAGUUGAAGAUUUUUACUUUAUAAAGCAAAUAUUUGAGUGAUGAACAUGUCGUUAAGCUGCUGUCUUAAGAUGUUCACACAUACACAAGUAUGCAGAGUGAUUCUAUGAUAUAAAAAUAUUUAUUUUAAUACUGACUUUCAGUUAAGUUGACAAAACAGUGUUAAAACUCUUGGGAAGGUGGAAGGGGUUUUUGUUGUUUGUUUAGUUGAAACUGUCAUACAGUGUUUUACUGUCUUUGAAAUGGCGAUUGUGAUAGCACUAUUUGGAUGUAGCUUACCCAUAAUGUGGCGAUGAUGCUAUUUUGUUUUACUAACAAGCUCUGGAAUAUUUAGCAGUCAUUUUCACUGGCACAAAAGCCUUUUUUGUAUGUUAUUCAGUUUAAACUUUUACACCAAAAAUUUUAUGGUUCAAUGACUUUGGCCAGAAGAUGCUGAAGGGAAUGUAACAUACAAUGACUAUGUAGUUAUAUAUAAAAAGACACAAAAUGCCAUGUUAUGGUUCUGCCUUGAAACAGCACAAUGAAAUGUAUCAGUGUCUUCUGUGAUUCUCUGAAACUUCCAUAACGUGUGUGCUUGUGUCUGCUGUUGCCUGCCUUUGGAGUCAGACCUGAAACAGUUUUCAUCUCAUUAAAUGCAGAUGCAGAUUAAAAUGUCCUAGUGCUGCAACAGUUUACCUUUUUGUAUGUUUUAUGACUAUGUUAUUUUCCAAAGCUGUUCCUACCUCACCACGAGGCUUUAUGGAUUGUUAUGUAUUAUAAAUGUUCUACAUGAGACAGACUACUGUGUUUCUUCUCAUUUAUUAAAGGUUAAGUAGAAAAAUAAACUAAUUUUAAUAUCCA